UGACCUGUAAUAGCAAAUGCUAGAUGAUAGGGGUGUGCAAAGGACAGCUGGAUAUCUCAACUACCUAUCAAGCUUUAUCUCCCUAAAUUGGCUACGGUUCAUCCUCAGUAGUAAGAUCUCAUCGUCUGGAUUUUGUUGAGCGGUUUUAUCAUGGAAUCCAGAUCCUUUCGCCUGAAAUCUCAGUAUCCAUCCUAUUUCCUUCCCUCGUGGGCGCGCGGACGAGACCGCAAAGCUCAGGUCCAGGCUGCAGAAGACGACGAGCAGUCCCAAUCGCUGAUGAACAAAAAUCAGAAAGGAGAGCGGAACGGCCUUGAACGGCGGAUAGCCUCCCGGGUAUGGUCGCGUCGCCUUCUAUUCGUUGCGAUGACAUUCAUAUUCUCGUCGCUCUCGGGCGCCGCGACAGUCUGGAUUGCAGGGCUCCAUCACGGCAGCACAUCAGACCCAGGCCGACCCGUGAUAGUCAUGGAACACCCAUGUGGAAGCAGUCCCGCAGAGGCGGUUGCGCGGGGGUGUCACUUCGACGUGAUAUCAUUCUGCUGGCUGCCAGAUGCGUGCUACGACACCGAGCUAGCAGAGGAAUUUCGCGCAAAUCACAAGCUCGAAUGGUUCGUGGACCCGGAUAAGCAGCACCCGCUCAGCUAUGAACAGAUCAUGACGGGCGAGCACACAGGCUUAUAUGUCAACUGGGAGUAUCAUGUCGCUCACUGCACCACCAUGUGGAAGAAGAUGCACCGCGCUAUAUUGGGCGACUUGGGGAAGAGCGCCAUUGAUGGGUAUAUUGGAAGCUAUGAUCACACCAAGCACUGCGAGAUGAUGCUCCUCAGUGAUCGCGACGUUGCGCUGGAGACGAUAAACACGCGAAUUGCUGUCAAAUAUCCGAACUGUGGAAUUGAGUGAACGGAUCCCCAUGUUAAAUCAGUGCUGUGGAUUGGCUGCUGUAAUUACUUGAAUACCUUGCAUGUUGGAAGUCUGUGUAUAGAGUCUGCAUGCGAAUAACUUCUCAUAAUAAUCCAAAUCGAACAAGUGCUGUAAUUAUAGGGAACUUCGCGUCUUGGUCCGUGAGAAAUACAGCGGACUAUGCUGACUCAGCACCCGACAGUAACCAUAACUCAUAAGACGAUGCAUAAUGAGUACGUCUCUUAAGAAACCCAACUGUGGUUGAAGAUAGUUAUCCCG